AUGAAAGAAAACAGUUGUAAUGAGUGGCCAGUGGGCACGUAUGGAUUGCCCCAGACCAACACCGGCUGCCCUGAAGCCGCAGGCGUGACCUGGCGCCUGGGUUGGCGUUAUCACGAUACGGAGGAUGACGACUCCAACAACCAUUGGUCGUCCGGACUGCAUUUCCCCAGCGGUUACUGGAGAAACAACAUGUACCAAAAGUUUUGCAUGAAGACGUCUUAUUGGGAAGGGUCGGGCACUUGGCCAGCUGGGAACUACUGCAUCUUCAAGAAGGGUGGAUGCCCGAGUGGUUUCCAAAGUGGAGAAGUGUUCUGGGACGAUGAAGACUCCCGCAAUGCGAACAGGGCGGGUGGCGAACGGCCAGACGGGCAAUACGAUCUCGACACCCUGAUCCAGUACUGCUGUCGUAACGACGGGAGUACCUAUAACUACAUCUCCCUACCGGCUGCCAGGCCCUUCUACCUCUUUCGGUACGGAAGCAGAUGUCAAAAUGUCGACAAGAUGAAUGUCUGGGAUGAGUAUUUCCGUUGGGAUGAUGAGGAUGACGAUAAUACUGACCGAGUGGGAGGAGCGCACCCUUACGACAGCGGCGGAGGCGCCAACCACAAGCUUCACUACUGCUACUAUUGGCCAUCCCUUUUUUAUUAUUUUUUUUAAUUGUUGUACACAAAUAACAACUUAAUGCGCCAUCAUUGCUGCGUUUGCUAUUAAGUAUAUUUAGGGGUAUAAGCAUUUCCUGGUUAGAGUAGGCUGCAAUAAAUUGUAGUUUUAGGUGUUCAUUGAACUGGA